AUGCGUCGUGCACUUGUAUUCACAGCUUUUGCUGCUAACUCAGCCGCAGCAGCUUUCGCUGCUUCUUUUGCCAAAUCACACACGGCGGUGGUAACAAAUCCAACGGUACCCCAACCCGUCUACAUGCAGCAACGCUUGGUAUCGGACCAACGACUUUCUGAAGCCACUUUACGUGAGUUGGAGGAUGAACGCCAACGCGCUGGACUACCAGAGAAACCGGAAAUACCUGAGGGGUGGACAAUAGACCGUAAGCCUGGUGUGACACAUUUCACAAUGCGCAAAUCCCAUGGGGACGAGGAAAUUAUCCUGCAACUCACAGGAGAAGAUAGAUCAAAUGAAGAGAUCACGCGCACUCUCGAUGUUUUGGUGGUUAAUGGCGGGAAGGCGUUGGUGUUUGGCAUGAGUGUGGAGGAUGGCGAGUUUGUGAUCAACAAUGUCUGCUUCCGGCAUGACGGAAAACUAGCCUUGGACACGUCGGCAGAAGCACAGUUUCAGAAGAGCCAGCUGUACAUGGGCCCCGACUUGGCUGAUCUGGAGGACCAUCUUGUGGACAGCUUUACAAGCUAUUUGAGUGCACGUGGCGUCAAUGAUACGCUGGCUAAUUUCAUUGACCAGUUCAGCUUGUGGUCAGAGCAGGCGGACUACGAAGAGUGGCUGAGCAGCAUUAACAAAUUUGUUUCGUAA